CAAGGAACUUCUACAUCCACAAGGCAUCUGUUAAUAGUUAAUCUGCUGUAGUAUAAAUCUGAUCUCCAUAUCAAAGCAAGUAUUAAAGAGACUGGACUGGACAGAAGACAGACAUAAGAAGGGAGGAGAAAUUGUGGAGCUAUCCCGACAAAGACCUGGCUCGCUGAAGGUGAGCAGGAGACACUUGCGACAGAAUACUGCUUCAAGCCCCAAAACCAUGCUGGUCCUCUCCUGUCCUUACAAACUCCGCUUGUUGGAGGGAAUGCUGAGGAAGAGUCUCCCUCAGGCAAUUGUGGUGCACGGAGCAGUCAUGAACAUAAAUCGGGGGAAUCCAAUUCAUCAUGAGGUGAUUGUGGAUUCAUGGCCAGAGUUCAAAGUUGUCCUCACCAGACCAUGCAAAGAGAUUGUUACAGAUCCCUCAGAUGGGUAUGCCAAUGUGUAUGCAGCAUUUUAUCAGGAUCUUGAUGCGUAUCGGAGGCUUGUAAAGGAUACAGAUGCUGUGAACUGGGCCCACACCUUCCGUCUCUUUGGGACUCAAGAAGGGAUACCCGAAACUACCCAGGAUGCAGCAGCUGCUACACAAACAAAGUUAUCUGUAAUUCCUUACUUCCUGUAUGUGCUUUCAGAUCCAAAUAAAUUUCAGGCUGGUAGGCUAGAGCCCGGCUUCAGACUUUCCUCCUUGAAUAGUUCCAGCGUUGAUCUACUGAAUGAAAACUGGGCCUACGGGCGCAAUCAAC